AUGGAGGGAAAAAAAACAAAUAUAUCGGCGCCGAGAAAAAGGCGUCCUCGCCUCUUCCGCCGGCGAGGGCGGGGCGAGCGCGGAAUCGGGGUCCUCGACCCGCCCCUUCUCCCCUCCCCCGGUCGACCCUCCCCGGGGUGGUGCCCCGCACGGCCCGCGGCCGAGCGGAGCCUACGGGCAGGGCCGCCCCCCACAGGCGGACUCGGGCUCCGGGCAGCGGCGCCCGGGAAAGGGGCGCGGCCCCUACCUGGACGCUUUCUCCUCCACUGCGGCGCCGAUCCUCCGAACCUUCCAGGCCGCCACCUCGUGUCUCCGCGAGUGAAUACAGGUCGCCAGGCGGCGGCGGCGACUCCCUACGGCGUCCCCUCCAGCAUCCCCCGCGCGGCGCGAGCGCCGUCACCAGAGCAACCGCCGCGCGCCCCGCGCCUGUCGCCGAGCCCGGCGCACCCGGCGGCCCGAGAUCCCGACCCACGCGAGGGACCAGGGGGCGGGGCUCCGGGGAGCGGGCCCGCCCCGCCCAGCGCGCCCUCCGCGCAGGCCCCGCCCGCCGCCGCCGCCGUCCAAUGA